UCAUCGCGAGGAAAGUAGUGAAGUGUGUGAUCGUCAACAAUUAACAAUGCUUUUUUCACAUUAAUUCAUCUGCGGCUGAAAGCUCAUGACGCACAGGUAACAUUCGAUACUUAUUUAUUCAUAUAUUCUGAUGCGAAAGUCAUCGGAAGGUUAGCAUGUAAGCUAAAGGUGGUAGAGACUACAAAUCUUGGCUGUUAAACAAAUCGUUUUUUAACGAUUGAUCUGGUCGAGCCUUAACAGACAGUAAAUAAAUGCGUGCAAGGAAAAAUAAAAAUGUGAGCUGCAUUUGAAAGACCGUGAAGCUGCUAUUGUAUACAUACAGAGAGAGAUAUAUGUAUAUGUUUGCGACAUCAGCCAGUGGAUCAAUGGCACACCAUUGAAAAUGGAGGACAUCUCUCCAAGUGUCGAAGUUCGUAAAGUGAUCUCCGAAUGUUAUCGGACAAUCACUUCGCCUUCUGAUAGUGAGAACAUUGUAACUGCUCUCCGAACACUUCACUCUUUCCUGGAUGAUGAAGCACGGGACACAAGCACAAACGCACCAUCGCCUUCACAGCGAGAGGAAUUCAAAAGAUGUCAUUAUACCAGAACACUCCAACUUCUGGUUGAAAACAUCCAGGCCGACUGGCGGCAUAGUCUCCCAGCAGGGCAGCGUGCAGAGUUGUGGGAUGGCCUCUUCCUGCGAGGACCUCCAGAGCAAAGCCUUCUGGUGUUAAUGGAGGGAAUAAGGAGACUGAGCCCAAGUACCAACCUGGAUCUCUUAGUCAGCAUAACAGAGAAAUUUCUUCAGAAUGGCCGUCUGUCUGAGCUGCUGUCGAUCUACUGUCUAGAGGCUGGUCCCUCUGACUCUCCACAGUUCAGGGAGACUCUUCUUGGGCGUAUAGUGGCGUUGCCAGACCUCACUGCCAAUAAGUUACACUGUGACAACAAGUUGCUGUUUCUGCCACAGCAGUAUUAUCCUCUGUUGGCUAUGUCUAUGCUCUCUGCUUUGGAACGAACAUGCAGAGCGCUUAAAGAUGGGACGAACUGCACACUGGAUUUUGUGGCUCGGCUUUUAGGAAAACUGUGUAUUCAAGGUCAUAGUGGUGUGGUCAUGGAGGUAAUGACUCCUAAACUUUCUGACUGUACACGCUCAGACAUGGUUUGGCAGAGGAUUUGUUGGAAGCUUUUGGAGAACGUCCCUCAGAGUUGUCUGGAAAGUGUGCUCACGGGACUGGUGCAGAAGGUCACAGGGCCUGAUGCUUUGGGUAGGAUCAUGGGUAAUCUUGUUGUAAAUAAUAAAAAGGCCCAAUUUGUCAUCACUCACAAGUUACUUUUACUACAGUUCAGGCUGGAGAAUCAAGUGCUGAGGACAAUUUUGGGGUAUCUUGCUGCAGAUAGGGAUCGAAGGCAGCUUCUUAUUCAGGUGUUGCGGUCUCUGUCCCAGACCUGGGCUAAUCCCAGUGCUGUGAAACACACUCCAGUGGAGCAGCAGUUUUAUGUCAGCAAGACUCUAUUAUUGUGUGUGAGUCUACUGAGUGACUCUGAGCUGCAGGAACUACGCUCAGAGCUUCUACAAUGUCUUUUGGGUGGCAUGCAUAGCCACUUGGAUAGCAGCGUUGUUCGCAUCAGACAUAUGGGGAUGAUCGUUGGUGAGUGCCUUAGCUCCCGGAUGGAUAUCGCUGGAGCCAAACUUAAGUUUGAGUAUGAACAAGAUGAGGAGACCCAGGAGCUGAUUUCCAUGAUGGACCCUGUUUGUGAAAACGAACCAGUGCUGGAAAAGGGAGAUGAUGUCCCUGUUACCAAUGGUAGUCCAUCUACUGAGAAACAAAUAUUCCCAUCAAAACCAAUACUCAUGAACAAUAAACCAGACUCAGACUUGGACAGUGAUGAUGAGUUGACUCCGUACGAUAUGUCCGAGGACAAGCAGCUAGAUCAAGCGUCCCCACCUCGCUAUCUACGAGACUGUCUGGAAACUUUGAUGUCGUCUGAGGAUCCGGAACGUGUAGAGCUUAGUUUGAGAGUGUCUGAGUCUCUGGUGAAGAGGAACGUGUUUGCAGUUAAAGAGAUCAGUGUCCAGCUUACCAAAGUUCUGCUUCACAUGGAAGAUAAAUACAGCAUCAAGGACUUCUUGGCACUGAGGCUGGGGGCCAUGGUGGCACUCACCGUGACUGACUGUGUGCCUGUGACUCAAUAUUUGACGACAGAGUUUUAUUCUUUGAACUACAGUCUUCGACAGCGACUGGACAUUUUAGAGAUUCUGUGUGUGGCAGCUGAGGAACUCUCUAAACCGACCACUGACCACAGAGAGCCCUCGGUGGCGCCUGUAACCUCCACAGACUUGACUGUGUCCUCUGAUAACACCAAUGUACCAUGGCAGCAGGUUGUUGAAAAGCGAGUUCAAAGCAAAACAAAAUACCUCAAAAAGGGGCCCACUCGUCCUCCAGCCAAAGCCUGCCCCAACAGAUAUGCACCUGUCGCUGGACACUUCUUCUUCCCUCUACUCAGGAAUUAUGACAAGCCUCAAGUGACCUUUGACAUGUUGGGCAGUGACCACUUGGUUCUUGGGAAACUGAUCCAUACGCUGGGUCACUUAAUGCAUCUCGCAGUCAAUGCACCAAUUGCCACACAGAUGGGACGUGCUCUGCUGGACUUUGUGUGGGCAGUUCGCUAUCACGUCGACCAGACGGUGAGGCGAGGCGUCGUAUUUGCCGUGUUCUCUGUGUUCUUCAGCAUGCCAACUGAAAACCUCAUGGCCGACCUUGGAGAACUAUUGUUUGAAACCAGAACCUGGUUAGCAGAUGUGGCUGAAGGAGAUGUUGAUGCAGAAUGCCGGAGUUUGGCGGUCCAGAGUCUGGUGUUUUUGGACAAGAACCUUAAAAACCAUCUUAUUAAUCCGAAAGCCCUGAAGUUUGAAUAGUAUAGACUCUUGUGAAACUGUGACGUGCAUAUUUUUAUUAAUUUCAAUGAACUCUUUGGGCAUCUUGGGGCCUAAAUUGGUCCUUUUUACUGGUUUGUGUUUGUCCAUGGGUGGCAGCCUUUACAUAUUAAACAUUAAAUGGCUGAAACGUGGCCAUAUAUCUCUAAACGUGUUGAUCUUUCAAGUGACUUAUCUUGUUAUUGCCAAGUCAUCAGUAACAUGGACAUCCACACCGAAUAUCUCUAAAACCUCCCAUCUCUUCUACUCACAUUACAAAACGACAGACUGUAAACCAAAUUUAUUUUAAUAUUUGAAGAUGAAACCUGACUGAAUCUAUUCAUGACUCCUUAAGUUAUAGUGAUAUCAAAAAGUUAUGUUUGUGUAUAAAAGUGUCAUCAAAAAAGUCAAUUUAAAAAGUUAAUCAAUGGCCAGCAUUCUCUUCCAUAUGCUUUUCCUCCGACACCAAUAUGAGAAUGCCUUAUCAGCUUUUCUCCCACUGGGUUUGAGAUUCAUUUUUGAAUUUUGCUGGACCAGUGUGCAUUCCCGCUGCUUAAUUUUAUAUCUCCCACUACGACGAGCCAAAACUACCAACUCUCACAGAAUUGGUGUUCCGUGCCACGCUUCCUAUUUGUCAUGCAUUUCUUGCCAAGUUAACUUUUAAAUUG